AUGAAUAUAUUACGACCAGGAAUACUUAAACCAUUGAGGAAUGGCAUACCGUACUUUUGGAAGGAUUGGCUUCGAAAGCGGACUUUGCGGACCAUAUCCAUUGAACAGAUGGAAGUUUAUACACCGAUGACAACACACCCAGAAAUAGAUUACAGCAAAGUAGAAUCUUUAAAAGAGACAUUCAAAUUAAAGGGAAUUGACCUUGAUAAAUAUCUUAACAGUGAUCAUUUUAAGUUUAAACAAGGAAGAGAGAAACGUUCACUACAAAUAUUGACUAAUGCAAUGAAAUUAACGAACCCACUUACUAAACCUCUUAUAUCUAUAGAUUGUGAAGCAUUUGAAACUAGUUCUAAAAAAUUAACUGAGAUUGGGAUUGCAAUAUUAGAUCCACAAAUCAUGACCCCUGGAUCAAUAGUUCCCCAGAUUCAAACUAUCCAUCUUGUCAUCUUGGAAAAUCUUCGACUUCAUAACCAUAAACAAGUUGAAGGUAAUAAAUUAAAAUUCAUCGGAGGAACAUCAUAUGUAUUAACUAAAAAACAAGCCAAAUAUGUCGUAGGACAAAUCAUGGAAAAGUACAUCACCAGUAGGGAUGGAGUAUUGAUUGGUCAUAAUAUUAAGCUGGAUACAAAGUAUUCAAAACAAACGGGGAUUAAAUUAGAUGAAACAAUUCAUAGGAUCGAUACUUGGGAGCUUAUAAAAUUAAGUAGAGAUUCAGGAAACUCACUAUGGGCUGUUCUUAAACAAUUAGAAAUUCCUCAUGCUCAUCUCCAUAAUGCUGCUAAUGAUGCUUAUUAUUGUUUAAUAGCUGCAAUUUCACUUUGUGAUCCAAUAAUAAGACUUAAUAAGGACCUUGAUUUUUAUUUACCAGCACCACCACCAUUAACCGAAAAGUAUAGACCACGUAAUGAUGAAGCUAAAUUUAUAUUAGUUAAAGAUGAACAGAAAUUUCUAAAUGAUAUUCUUUCGACUAGAGGUUAG